AGUCGUCCUUAUUGCGUGUUUCUCUAUAUCCAUGACUGACGAGUUCCGCAACGCCCAGAGCGAGCUGAACGCCAAAGUCGAGAAGAUGUCCGAUCUCAUCCAAAUCCGCCUUCUCAAGGUCGGUCGUAAAGUAGCCGCUCAAACACUCAAAUGUUUCGAUACCAAUGGUGAUGACUAUAAGGCUGUUGAACGAUGCCAGCAGGACGCGGCUCAGCCUGCGAUGAAGCUCCAACAGGAGCUUCAACAUGAUUCACAAGCGGUCAGCAACAUGAUACAGUCCUGCGUCAACGCGUGCAUGCCAGCUAGCGGCAGCAAUUCUGAGCUGAUGGCGAAUCCAGAGACGCGCAAGGCAGUCGAGGCCGAGUUUGACCGUUGUGCCGCUAAGUGUGUCCGAGACGCAAUGCCGAAGUUCGACCAGCUUGAAAAGACUAGUCUAGCGAGCAUUGAUCGCGUGGCUAAGGAGUAAGACCUAUCG